CAAUCUAUUAUAUAAACGAUCGCUCGGAGCCGCAAAAUACGUUUCCUGCAGCUCAGUUUUGGGCUUUCGGAACAAAAACACACAGAAUCGUUUUUAGGCGUGUCCUCAAUCACAGGGUGGAGUACCCGUAGGACGAAAAGAAGGUCGACACGUUUUCAACGCUGUGAUUGGUUCGGAAUAUUUUGUUUCCGCGGGGACGCCAGAAUUUAUAUACCCAACGAUGCUGCUAGAAUGAGAAGGUGGAAAACUGUGACUGAGCGUACGGGUCUCUCCUGGUGGAAAUCGAGUGCAUUGAUAUCGUCCAACUUUCACAACAGUCUGCGACAUGGAGGAAUCAAGUAGUUGACGUUUCUUAUAACCUACUCUUUUUAAGCUUUCUUCCGUCUGAUCAUCGUGCCCUUUAAGUGAGGCGUCCGGUCCGGAUUCUACGUUUUCAAGAGCUACGGGAUUCCUUUGUAAAGAUGAAGUACGUUAUCGGCAUUGGCGGAGUAACAAACGGUGGAAAAACCACCCUCACAGACAAACUUGUCAAGGAUUUACCCAACUGUUGUGUCGUUCAUCAGGAUGACUUCUUCAAGCCCCAAGAUCAGAUUGAAGUUGGUGAAGAUGGAUUUAAGCAGUAUGAUGUGAUUACUGCUCUGGACAUGGAUGCCAUGAUGAGCACCAUCUAUGCUUGGCUUGAGAACCCAGUGAAGUUUGAGCGGUCGCAUGGCAUCAACAACACUCUGGAUACAGAGAUGGCCCUGGAGUCCGAGCACGAUGAUGAAGGUGUCCACAUCCUCAUUGUGGAGGGCUUUCUGCUUUACACCUACAGACCUUUGAUCGACGUAUUGGACCAAAGUUACUUUAUUUCCAUCCCAUACGAAGAAUGCAAAAAGAGGAGGUGUUCAAGGAACUACUCAGUGCCAGACCCACCUGGCCUCUUUGAUGGCCACGUCUGGCCCAUGUACGUGAAACACAAGAAAAUCAUGGAGGCGAGUGGGGUUGACAUUGUGCAGCUAGAUGGAACAAGGUCAAAGGAGCAACUGUAUAAUACUGUCUACGGGGAGGUGCAGAAUAUCAUCCAUAAGCAUUAAACAGAGGUCGGGUGAUCUGAGAUGGUGGAACAGGCAUUUUAUACACAUGAGCAAAUUUUAUAUUGCAGUUUGCUGAUGUGGCAGCUCAAUUUGUCAGACAUAGUCAGCUAACAGUUUUAAAGUUAACUUAUUUAUCCAAUUACACUAUAAUGCUGGCUUAAUUUUAUAUCCACCUUAUUUAUUGAUUUGUCACCAAUUGUCUAGAUUGACGUAGAUUGUGUUAAAUCUUUGGAAGAUGGUUUCAGCUAGGUGUACCUGUCAAUAAAAUGAACCUCCUGCAAAAUGUUGGUUUUACUGCUUAUUGUUAAAGGAAAAUAUUGCAUUGUACAAUAAAUCUACGUUUUUCAAAGAAAAA